CAAAUAUUUGAAGCAAAUAAAACUUGAAGUACAAAAUAAAAAUAAUAGAUCAGAAAUAGGUUCUAAUAGUAAAUAUAUUUAUCAUUCAUAAAAAUUUAUUUGUUAUUUUGUUUAAAUAUGCCGCAUUAUAUCAAUGAAAAUAACAGGAUAUUUAAUUUAUCUAACUUAUCAGUUUUAGGUUAGGGAUAGUCGCUUCAAUGACCUUCUUGUGAUAAGUUACAAUAUAAAUUGUGUUUUUUCUGUAUUACUUAUAAAAUGUCUGAAGAUCCUGAGCAUCCGACCAAUUUGAUUCCGGAAUUGUGUAGACAAUUCUAUGAUUUAGGAUGGGUCACUGGCACAGGCGGAGGAAUUAGUAUUAAACUUGACAAUGAAAUAUACAUUGCACCUUCUGGUGUUCAAAAGGAGAGAAUCAAACCAGAAGAUUUAUUUAUUCAAGACAUUCAUGGAAAAGAUAUCAAAUUACCACCACCUAAGAAGAAUCUGAAGAAAAGCCAGUGCACCCCCCUAUUCAUGUGCGCGUAUUUACAAAGAAACGCCGGUGCUGUUAUUCAUACUCACUCAAAAAGUGCUGUUAUGGCAACUAUGUUGUUCCCCGGCAAGGAAUUCAAGUGUACCCACUUGGAAAUGAUAAAGGGGAUCAGAAAUCAGAAAUUGGGCAGGAAUUACAGGUAUGAUGAGGAGCUAGUUGUGCCUAUUAUUGAAAACACACCUUUUGAGGAGGAUUUGAAGGAUCGUCUUGAACAGACCAUAAAGGAUUAUCCUGAAACAUGUGCAGUUCUUGUUAGAAGACAUGGGGUAUAUGUAUGGGGUGAUACAUGGCAACAAGCUAAAACUAUGACUGAGUGUUACGAUUACUUAUUUGAUAUUGUAGUACAGAUGAAACAACAUGGAUUAGAUCCCAGUCUCACUCCUGAAAAAUAUGAAUUAAAAUACCAAAGCCAGAAAAUUAUGUAAAAUUCUUAGAAUUAAUAAAUAAACUUAAUUCUGAUAAUU